UCUGCCGUAAGUGAGACAGUGUCGUUAACAUCAGCUGCUCCGAGCAGUGGCUUUUCUUGGCGCUUCACUUUUUAUUUUAAUGUUUGAACUUGACGUGAAGUUUACAAACAUGACGUCAUGUAUUCAGAUGCUCGUCACUUCCGUCGUGGAGGACUUCACGAGGAGCGCGAGAAGUGAAAUCUGUCAAAGACUCGUCAUUACGUCACUGACACAAUCCAGCCUCUGCAGGACUCCUCCCUCUCUGCAGCAGCAGAUGUGAACGUACAAUCAGAGGCUCCUACAGAUGAUCCCAGCCAAUCAGGCGUCUGCAGCAGCAGCAGCAGCUUCUCCAGACGGACCAACCUGGACUGUGGGAAAGGUCCGUUCAGGUGCUCUCACUGCAGGAAGGUGGUCGACACCCGCAGCCACCUGCGGACUCACCAGAUGUCCGGCAGCCUCCCGCUCGCAUGUUUGGCCAGCGGGGAGACGCUGGUGGCGAGAUGCAGCCUCAGGCAGCACCGACUGACCUGUCAGAGGUCAGACAGGAAGUUCAGGUGUGCAGAGUGCGGGAAGGAGUUCUCCAAACUCUGUUACCUGUCCGUUCAUCGGAGAGUCCACCUAAAGGACAAACCCUUUAAAUGUCCCACCUGUGAGAAAGGUUUCACCACGCGCCGCAGCGUCCAUGUGCACCAGCUGAGCGUGCACAAAGGACUGAAGCCGUUCACCUGCAGCCUCUGCAGGAAGACGUUCAGCCAGCAGAGCGGCCUCAGAGCUCACCUGAGGACGCACACAGGUGAGCGGCCGUACGCCUGCGAGCAGUGUGGGAACAGGUUCUCCAGCAGGAGCAGCCUGACAGUUCACCAGCUGAUCCACACCGGCGAGAAGGCCUUCAGCUGCGACACCUGCGGUAAGAGCUUCAGUUUCUCAGCCAACCUGCGCCGCCACCGGCUCGUCCACUCGGGCCUCCGGGCCUUCACCUGUGACGUGUGCAACCGCAGCUUCACGCAGGCCGGACAUCUGAAGGUGCACCGCGCCGUGCACAGCCCUGAGUGGGCGUUUAUCUGCAACGCCUGUGGGAAGGGCUUCAGACAACGCAGUGCGCUGCUGCUACAUGAAAGGAGCCACACCAGCAUCAAACCGCACACCUGCAGCGAGUGUGGAAAAAACUUCUCCUCAUCAGUGUCACUGAGACGGCACCUGCUGACUCACAGCAGACAGAGAGAUCACAGCUGCAGCGAGUGCGGGAAGAGCUUUACCACCGCCCAGGUCCUGAAGACGCACCUGCAGCGUCAUGCCGGCACCAAACCCUUCUCCUGCGAUGUGUGCAGCCGUGGCUACAGCUCACUGAGCUACCUGAAGACGCACCGACGCAGCCACUCGGAGGGGAAACCGUUUAGCUGCGCUCAGUGUGAGAAAACCUUCUCCACGCAGGUAAGCGCCAACCUGCACCAGCGCACGCACAGUGGCGAGAAACCGUUCGUCUGUGAGGUCUGUGGGAAAAACUUCAGUGUGUCGCAGAACCUCGUGCGACACAAACGCACACACAGCGGGGAGAAACCGUUUGAGUGCAGCGUCUGCGGAAAAAGAUUCAGUCAAAAGAACAACCUGAAAACUCAUCAGCUGAUUCACUCGGGACAGAAACCGUUCAGCUGCUCCAGCUGCAGCUGCAGCUUCACCACCAGGAGGAGCCACCGAGAGCACAAGUGUCCCAACCAGGUCUGAACCAGGUCUGAGUCCCAGGGGAUGUACUACGAAGCAGGAUCUGCAGUUAUCGGGUAACUUCAGUCGGCCCUCACCAAAGUUUAAAUCAAUGUCUGGUUGGUUCAGUGGACCCAGAACAUCUCAAUCUCUCCAGACUCAUCCUGUCACCAAAACACCAAAUGCUCUGUCAGCUUCCUGAAGAUAGGUCCAUGUGUUUCUAUUGAGUAGUGAUGU